AUUUAGGAGAAGGUCAGAAUUGAGGCAAGGAGCGCACAGUCCGAGUCGAGUUGUUUUGCGGUGCAGUUGUCCCGAAAAAGAAUCUUGUGUCGGUCGGUGUUUUUUUUGUUAGUUUUGUGUAGUUUAUACAAAUGGUUGUGUUAGACGGAAGCAGUAUGCUUUCUUCCGCCCCUGGCAAUCAGUAUCUUCAACCGGAUUAUCUGUCUCCUUUGCCAACAACGUUGGAUGCAAAGAAAAGUCCCUUGGCACUUCUAGCCCAAACAUGCAGUCAAAUCGGUGCGGAUUCUCCGUCAUCGAAGCCUCUUCUUUCCGCAUUAGAGAAGCCUAAAAAGAGUUCCUCAAAUGAUGGAGCUAAUCGUUCUCCAUCCGCGAACUCAAAAGAUAAAAAUGAGAAAACGGCUUCGAGAAGUAGCCCUUCUGAUACAAAAUUAGCCUUUAAACCGUACGAAAAUACGGUUUUGUCAAAGAAAUGCGACGAGAAGAGGCCAUCGUCCAAACCUAAUGUUCAAACAAACAUUGUGGACGAAGAGAAGAAGUCUCGAAGUUCCACUCCGAACAGAAAAUCUACUUCUCCUUCAAACUCAUCUCCAGAACAAUCGUCUACACCUGUUUCUGAAGUAGAAAGAUCCAGCAGCAAUGGGCCGAAGUCUUCAUCUCCGCCACAGCGGGGUGCGAGUCCCAUAAUCAGGUCUGGAUUAGAAAUAUUGCAAGGACAUCCAAAAGACCUACCAUUGGGUACGUUCAAACCAGGCAGUUUAGGAUCAGGACUGGGCGGACCUCUAAGUGCUCUGUGUUGCCCUCCCGGCCUAGAACAUACCAAUCCAGCGUUCAGACCUCCGUUUCCUGGUGCUCAAUUCUCACAUCAUGCGGCAAUGUUAGCCGCCGGAUACGCUAGUGCCACACAAGUUCCGUAUUUGAGUUAUGCGCGUGUUAAGACUCCGUCGGGCGGCGAGGCCUUAGUGCCAGUGUGCAAAGAUCCGUAUUGUACUGGGUGUCAGUUCAGUUUACACAAUCAGCAGUUGCUGAUGAACGGUGCAACGGGACCAUGUCCCAGCGGGUGCACUCAGUGCGAUCAUCAGAAGUACAACUUAGCAAUGGCAGCGAUGUCAUUAGUGCCUCCUGGUCCGGUUCCACCCACUUCGUUGGCCUAUCCCCAGUUGGGAAGACCAUACGUUUGUAACUGGAUUGCGGGUGAUACGUAUUGCGGAAAACGGUUUGGAACAUCCGACGAACUUCUUCAGCAUUUGAGAACACACACUAGUGGAUCUGAUCCAACAUCUGUCGCUUCCUCAACCGCUUCUGCCCUUUUGAAUCAACAUUCUUUGUUUUCUUCAGCCGCUCUUCAUAGAGCUGGCUAUCCGAAUCCACCUCUCAGUCCUUUAUCUGCCGCUAGGUAUCAUCCUUACGCAAAACCGAGUUUACCAACUACCUUAGCCGCAUCGCCUUACAGCGCUUUCAAUCCUACAACGUUAGGUCCAUAUUACUCUCCAUAUUCUGUAUAUGGUCAGAGAAUAGGGGCGGCUGUUCAUCCAUAAUAGUAGCUGCUGUGUUCGUUCACCUGAAAAUGGUCGAAAUUUUCGUAUGACAUUGUUCGUCCAUUUGUUCUGCUGUGAUAAACUUGUAAAUAUUAUAUAGGUGCAAUCCAAAUCUUGUAAGUUGAUUGACAACUCGGUCUCUGUAAGUUAUUUUGUUAUUUACCUAUUACCUACAUAUUUGUCUUACAGAUGGUCGUAUUCUUUUAAUUGUAUUGUAACUAUAAGAUUUGUUGAUUUUUUCAGUAUGCUUUAAAUAAAAAUAUAGUCCACAGUU